CCUCUCUUCAACUCACAUCCCUCCUUGGAUCUCUCCUGGCCCACUACCGUUGCCGACUUAUUCGUCGCCAUGUCUUCUUGACCUCGCUUGGAUCGCAGAUCAAAGCGAACGCGCAGAUGUCUUGCUCCUUUCUUCGCUGGCGACUCUCCUCUUCAACUCCGCCCAAAUUACGAGAUAGCAUGUCUUGCUCUAUUUUCCUGAAGUUGGAUUUCCAAUUACGUUUACAUGCUUUUUCUGGUUUGAGGUGUUUGAGCAGUUUCCAGAGCUCAGGGAAGUUUGACUUGACUGACUUGACUCAUCCUCAUACAUGGUAUCCGCUUGCUCGGAGAAAGAAACGGAAUAUAUUUUUGCACGUUGGACCUACAAAUAGUGGGAAAACUCAUAAUGCUCUCAAGUGUUUAGAAUCAAGCUCCUCAGGAGUAUAUUGUGGACCUCUAAGGUUAUUGGCAUGGGAGGUGGCACAAAGGUUAAAUAAAGCAAAUGUUCCUUGUAAUCUGAUUACUGGACAAGAAAGAGAGGACAUUGAUGGUGCUAGGCACAGCUCAGUAACUGUUGAAAUGGCUGAUGUAACCAGUGAAUAUCAGUGUGCUGUUGUUGAUGAAAUCCAGAUGGUGGGGUGUAGAACAAGGGGAUUUUCAUUUACGCGUGCACUAUUAGGGAUUUCUGCUGAUGAACUUCAUCUCUGUGGAGAUCCUGCAGCAGUUCCUCUUGUUCAAAGAAUAAUUGAAGUGACUGGCGAUGUGAUAAAGGUUCAAUAUUAUGAGAGGUUGUCUCCACUGACUCCUUUGAAAUUUCCGCUUGGUUCUUUCUCCAACAUCAGAAAUGGUGAUUGUAUUGUGACUUUCUCACGACGCGAGAUAUAUAAGCUAAAGAAGAAAGUAGAGUCUGGAGGGAAACAUCUCUGUUCUGUAGUCUAUGGCUCACUGCCACCAGAGACUAGAACAAAACAGGCAAAGAUGUUCAAUGAUGAAAGCAGCAAGUUUGACAUUCUUGUAGCGAGUGAUGCCAUUGGAAUGGGUCUCAAUCUCAACAUAUCUAGGAUCAUCUUUUCAACUCUGAAGAAGUUUGAUGGUCAAUAUACCCGAGAACUCACAGUCCCAGAAAUCAAGCAGAUUGCAGGGAGGGCUGGAAGGUAUGGUUCAAAAUUUUCUAGUGGUGAAGUGACCUGCAUCGAUGCUGAAGAUUUACCUUUGCUCCAUUCAUCUUUGGAAUCUUCUUCUCCUCUUUUAGAGCGUGCUGGACUGUUUCCAACAUUUGAUCUUUUGUCUUUAUACUCACGAUUACAUUCAAGAAUGGGCUUCCAUGGCAUACUGGAACAAUUCUUAGAGAAGGCAAAACUUUCUCCAGAUUACUUCAUUGCUGACUGCGAGGAAAUGCUAAAAGUUGCAGCUGUUGUUGAUGAGUUGCCCCUUGGACUUUAUGACAAGUAUCUAUUCUGCAUCAGUCCUGUUGACAUGAAUGAUGAUAUUGCAGCCCAGGGUUUAACACAGUUUGCAGAAAAUUAUGCAAAGAAGGGUGUUGUUCGCCUCAGAGAGAUAUUUACACCUGGAACGCUCGAGGUACCAAAAUCACACAAUGCUCUGAAGGAACUUGAAUCCGUUCACAAGGUGCUGGAUUUGUAUGUUUGGUUGAGUUUCCGAAUGGAAGAUUCAUUUCCAGACCGUGAAGUGGCUUCCUCCCAGAAGGCAAUCUGUAGCUUGUUAAUUGAAGAGUUUCUGGAGAGACUUGGAUGGCAGCGGCAAGCAAAGGGAAAUUAUCAGCAUAACUCACUUCUUCUGCAACAAAGGAUCCAGUCUUCCAUGCUGCAUAAAUACUUCCCACAAAUCAAAGUGGAGUCUACAUGAGGGUCAGUGGAAGAUUGAACCUUUUUAUGACUACGGUGCAUUGCCUUGUGACAUCUCCUGCAUCUCCAACCACAGAUGAUGCUUCACAAUCAUAUAAUCAGUGAUAUAGCAAGCCAAAUCUACCAAUAGAUGGUGUAUAGCAGAGAAAUCAUUCCGUGAAGAUUCAGAUGCAGUUACGGACACUCAAAUGUAACUCCUGGAAACAUUGUACAGAUUCAGUGACAAUAUGUGUCAUAACUAAUUAUAGCUAAUUCAUUCAAUAACUGUCAACUAGUUCAACUGGUUGGUAUUGAAUGUCUGUGUUUCAGGUUAUGAGAUGACUUGAAUGAGGAAACAGGAAAGAAACCAACAGUUAUUCUAAAUGUAAAAUUAUGCAAUAAGUAGCGGGUAAAUUUAAGAGCUCGAUCAUGAUGCAAGGCAAGUGGAUGAAGGAAAUGGAUCCUGUAUUGGUUGUGCACAUCUAAAUCUACGGAAUGCUGGAAAUUCUAUGUAAUUGUUGUUUUGAUUGAAGUUAAUUUAUUGAAACAAUUGCCUUUCUUGUCA